UUACAUUAAUGAAUGGUGGAGCAAUCGCGUUCAUCGGGCGUGGUUCUGGGUCUGAGCCCGAUUAGGCUGCGGCGUCAUUGCGUGUGGAAUUAUGUCAUCAGUGAUCUGACAAAACCCAAUGAUACCUUCACCCGUCGGACUGCUACGCAUGAGCUCCUCCCCGUCUGUCCUCAACCUCAGAGCUUUAAAUCAGAAUUCUGUAGCUCUCGUUCCAUACAGCCCGCUGUACUCAACAAAAAUCAAUCUCUGGAAGGUUCCGUUUUGCUAGCCCUCCUUUCUCAGCUAUUCUUUCUCUCUCAGCCACAGCUCCGAUCGUCGCUUCCGGUCGCUUGUUAGCUCAACCCGACUAAGUCGCUCAUGCGAACGGGACUGAUAGCAGGCUACUUUUUCGCAUCGACAUCCAUUACUGAGACUUAGCUACAAGCUUCAUGUCCAGCGACUCUCCCACAUUCCCACAUUCUCCACCGCAGUAAUCGUCGGACGAACUGCACGACUAUGGAUAAUUCAGGCCCAAAAGCGAUCCUAACUCCCGAAAACUUUCACAAUGUGCAUGAGAUCUCGAGGGCAACCUCUCCAGGGGGCGAGCCCGCAGGGACCAACGGCGAUGGCGAACCAAUAGCUCGUGUCCGGCCUCGGACGUACCCCUACUUCAAGUACCUACCGUAUUCCCUCGAGAGCGACACCGAGAGAGACCGAACUCUACGAGAGAUCUUGAACCAGCUGUAUAUCGCGGUGGAGGCAGGCGACUUCAGCCCAGGUGCUGUGCACUGGACGCGGGAGCUUCGAGGAUGGCUGUCACUCAAGUUUGAUCCAACGCGCAAGGAACGGAUCAAUCUUGUGAGACUUUAUUACGAGCUUUGUCUUGCUCCGGGGAUUGAUCCCGGUGUCUCGGAGCGGUUUGCCAGCAUGUUUAUGCUUCUUACCAAGCGCAAGCAUUACCUCAGACCGGUCAAGGACCUGAUUCUAGAUUGGAAACCCUUGUACAGAGAAUUGAAGGCUUUCGUUCUACCCACGGAAUCGGGUCUUGUGCACUCGACCAAUUUGAAACGGAACGUCAAAACACUAACGAAGCUCUGUGCGUUCGUUCAACUCUAUAUCGACCCUUGCGAGCUGCCGGCAAUGUUGGAGGAGUUCCUUCCCCACUACACAACAUCAUUCUCAGAAGGUGCAUUUGUGGUCGUUGGUCUGAUCAAUCUGCUACUUCCUACGUCUCCCCCGCCGGAGUCCCGAGAAGACCUACUGCCCCAACACUUCAUGCCAACAUAUUUCCACCUUUGGUCGUUGGUCAGCCGUUCCAAAACCUUUGACAUAACUUUCAUGGACUUCCUGUCUCGGUUAGCACGAGAUUCGCUUCCUGCCGCUCAUAUAUCAUUUUCUGAGUAUGGAAUCUAUACCAAGGAACAGUCGUCCCUCAUCUUCACGGCCAUUCUGCGGCUACUGGAGAUCCCUGUAGGACAGUCAACAUCGCCCUACAGUGCUCUCGUGGAUAUUUCUUCGGGGCUUGGUAUCAUGCUUGAUCGAGACACUCGAAAGCAUCCUGUGGCACAUCAUAUUGCUCGCUGGAUAGUCAUGUCCCUUUCGCCGGCGUGUCUUGACGCUGAGGAGUCGAUCCUGACCCAACUUGAAGGUUUAAUUCAGGCCGUGGAGACAUUUUUCCAUCCUUCUAACUCUGGAAGUUGGACCAAGACUCUGUCCCAGUUGGUUUACUAUCUUUCUGAUUUCUUCAUAAUGCGCUGGAAUCGCGAGCAAAGUGGGGAGAUGGAGGUUCCACCAGAACGAAGACUGACGGAGCCGCUUAAACGUCGUUUUGUUCUGUGUCUACGUGAGGUGAUAUUCAUGGGGAUUUACGCUAAGAGUGGCACGGCGAUGAGCUUUUCGUUGUCCACGCUGCAGAGCUUGGCAUACCUGGAGCCACACCUCAUUCUACCAGGUGCUCUGCAGAGAAUCUACCCAUCUCUUCAGGGUCUCGUCGAGGUCCACCGUACGACAUCAUCUCUCCGUGCUCUUCAAGUCCUGUCACGUAUCAUAUCCAGGACUAGAGGAUAUCGUUGCCACAUGACGACUUUACUAGGACUCGCUUUGCCAGGUGUCGAUGCCAAUGAUCUGGAGAAAUCCUUGCACGCGCUGUCAUUCAUACAAUCCGCCUGCUAUAACAUCCCCAUGGCCGACUUGACAAAGGGAAGAGAAGAUAUCAACUCCAAUAUGCUCGCCGUGCAAUGGAUCACGGGUGAAAUGGAACGGAUGGAAGAAGAAGGCGUCGAGGUUCAAUUAAAUUAUGAUAAGGACCUAGAUGAUGAGACCGAGGAACUGAUUCUUCGUUCGUCAACCUGUGGCUUUGCUGACUUUAUUGUCUCAUUCCUGGGCCGUGUCUUUACGCUCUUGGAGAACCUUCCCGAUGCAACCAGGGUCCGAAAUGGAUCUCCCGAGGAAAAUAUCGUGAACACGCUUCCUGCAACCUUCAUGCCACUCCUGUCUUCUCUCUCCCCCGAGUAUUAUGACAUUGCUCUCACGAAGGUUGUUGACUUCGUAUCCAAUCAUGUGAUCCACCAAGCUCGCGAUGCAAUGGCCUUCAUCUGUAAUUCGAUGUGCAAAGUUAAUCCCGAGAAGGCAUUAAAACGCUUCAUUCCGGUGUUAACGCAGGCAAUUCGCACCGAGAUCGAUGACAACGGUGCGGGCUCGACUCGAACGACGGGCACAGAUGUUCUUCCCCGCGAUCGCGGCUUGGUAUGGAACAUCAGCAUGCUGAGCAUGUGUGUCGUCCACGUCGGAGACUCUGUGCUGGCUCACAGGAAAGAGCUCUUCGACAUUGCCGUGUAUAUGCAGCAAAAGUGUCGGGGCAUACCGACCGUGCACAUUUCAAACUUCGUCCACCAUCUACUCCUCAACCUCACGGGAACCUAUACCGCCGAUUACUCGCUUUAUGAACCCGAUGCAGUUGCUGGUGGCGUGCAUCCUGGGCUUUGGAGCUAUAGAGCUGACCCGCAUAGUUUGACCGUAAAAUGGCACAUUCCCACGCGCGAAGAACUCGAAUUUGCCGUGGCCCUCUUCCAAAAUCAAGCAGAGACUGCGCUUACACGGCUGACUGCAUUGAUUCAUGAUACGUCCAGUGUGAAACGGGAUGGCAGCGGGAAGGACUGGUCGGAUGAAGUCAUCAGGAAUCUUGUUUUACUGCGGCUUAUCCUUUCCGGUAUCUCCGUGCUCUUUGAUCCCAAAGCAGCCUCGAAGACCAAGGAAGGCGGAGUAAAUGGUUCACCGGGCGAUGUCGACAUGGCAGACGCCCUGGCAAAUUCUACCGAGACGGAUGCCGAGAGUGAAGAUUCGGCUCUCGAUAGCUCUGACGAAUCUACCGUCCGAGAGUCAUUCGCAUACCCUACCGGCUAUCCACUGAAGGAAGAUGACGCCAUGUACACCACGAUCCACGGCAUACGAGAGAGGGCUGGCUGGAUCCUUCACGGAGUGCAUAGAUUUUUGUCCGACAAACAGGAGGACGAUGUUCCUUGCUUCAGUGCUCUGUACUCUGCAUAUCGGUCAUGGUUUGUCGAUGUCGGCAUUGAGAGGUCCGCUCAUGUCCUAGACAGAGUUACACGUCUUCUUGCCGCGGACAUUCAUCCUUACAAGAUGAGCGGCGUCCGUAAGGAUUAUCCGCGUCCGUUGCUGGUUCGAAGAGCGAAUGUGUAUCACUUGCAACGACUUAGACACAAUGCAGCACCGCGACCUCGGUCUCGGCUGGACGAGAUCUUACUGUUGGAUAUUGCCGAAUCAUGUGUGUCUCUCUACACAGAAACCCGUCGCAACGCUCAAAGUGCAGGGGAGUCGGCCCUCAAAGCUGUCUGGGGUUCUCGGCUUCUCGUCAUCCCACCACUGCUCCAAGCGCUACAAAAGGGCAUCAAGGAAAACGACCACGCGAGGAUUAAAGGCGCAUUGUUCUCUUUGCUGUUAAGCAGCGUUGCAAGAACUGUCGGACGACACUGGAAGUACGCUCCCACUUUGAUCAGGACCUUCAUCGAUGCAAGCGCGGUCGACAAGCCCUCCGUGCAGAAGAUUUGCUCCAGUGCUGUGUUCCAGAUAAUGGACUACGGCCGCUCUAUGGAAAGGAUGGCUAUCUUGAGUCAAGACCGUGUUGAAGCAAUCGCUCCAAAGGAGGAUGUUCAAGAUCAAAUCACACAAAAGCGCAAGGCCAUCAACAAUAAGCGGGCCCUCAUUGAGAAGAAGAAGGCUGAUCUGGCUGAAGAGCUCGUGAAUCUAGCUAGGGUGUCUCAUUGGAAGGUCGCCAGCCGAGCAGCCACUAUAGUGGUCACAAUGGGUCUCAGGUUCGACUACAUUGCGAGCGAGAACCUCAUAGACCUCGUGACGCAAGGAUCCAUCGAUGACCAUCCUGGCUUGCGUGGCAUGUAUUCCCAAGCGCUCAUUGCGCUUUUCACCAUGGUGGAUGUGCGUGCAAUCUGCAGCCAUGAUUACAAAAAUUACAUUCUGGGCAACCAACAUUUCCCCUCAAAGAUCAACGUGGCUACCAAGCGCUACGAGGAGGGUUGGACCCAGGAAUACCUGUCUAGCUUUGCCAAUCCAGAGGCAGAGUAUUACGUCGAUCAUGAUUUCCCUGGCUGGCUUGUGUGGGGAGACAGGAUGCCUGCGUACAAGUCGAAUGUCGCGCGCGAUAUUGAAUACGACGAAACUGAAUGGAAAGUGCGAACUCACAUGGGCAACCUGUUCAACCGAGCAUGGUUCACCAAGUUCUUCAUGUACUUGAAACAAGAGCCACGCGACCCUUCUGCUGAUAAGUUCCGGAUGCCCUGUGCAAUGAUGCUGCUCUACGCUUUCGAAUUGAUGCUUCGGGAUGGACUCACAGCUGCCACAUUCCAAGAUAUCCAGGAAGAAGUGGCGGCCGUAUUUGAAGACGGCAGUGACAAGCAUCAACAUAGAGCUACUGCUGAGAUCCUAGGCGCCCUUAUAAGCUCCGUUGCGGACUCCAGCGUAGAGAAGCGGACCUUGGUGUGGGAGUACGCGUUCCCAAUCGUGCAAAAGGUCUUCACCGAUGGGUUGACCCCCGAAAAUUCUGGCUAUUGGACUACAUUCCUUCACAUGAUUCUCCAAUGUCGCGAUCCUCGAAGGGCUUGGCCGCUCGUCGAUUGGCUUGCAAGCUUCAGACUGGAUAUGACCACGAAUGCUGCCUUCAAGGAAAGCUCUAAGAUCAAUCUACUACACCAGGCCAUCAUAGAUGCAGGGUGGCAUUUCCAACUAGAGAAGCCGAUUGUGGAGGACUUCCUUGCCCAUCUUGAUCACCCGUACAAGGGUGUUCGCGAGGCCAUGGGCCAGACCAUUGCCACGAUCUAUCGCACGAGAUACCACGAGUCCUAUGCAGAUGUUCAGCGUCUCUUUGCAGCCCAGGAAUCAUCUUCUUCGGUGGGCACAUACCCGUAUUAUCCUUCCGAGGAAUUCACGACAAUGAUGAAAAAUGUCUUUAACCGGAUUGAGAAAUGGCGUCAUGAAAGAACUCCUGGCCAACAUACACCAUCGUCGUAUACUUCAGGCAGCAAGACCGUCCUUUUGUGGCUUGACUCGACUCUUUCAUCCCAUGAAUGCACGCAACUUGUACCCUUUUUCCCGAACGUAUUCACGGGGCAACUUCUGCACAUGAUGGACGUCAAGGAAGAUCCAGAACUUCAAUCUCUCGCCUACCACGUUUUCCGGCAUUUACCAAACAUCCCAUACCCUGCCGAGGAAAGCUCUGGGUUCAUCAAAUCACUCAUCCACAUUGGCCAGACUUCGCCCUCGUGGCAUCAGCGUCUGCGAGUGAUGAUCAAUAUUCAGAUUAUCUACUUCCGUCGCCUAUUCUUGCUCUCCGUCGCUGAUCGUGAUAAAUUGUUCGAGUGUGUGGCGAACAUGCUGGAAGACCCGCAACACGAGGUGAGAGCCGGGGCAUCAGCCACUUUGUCCGGAAUGAUCCGCUGCUCGCCAGCCUUCCUGCGUGAAGAAAUGAUCAAACGCUUCCUGGAUCGGUUCAGCAAGAUUUUGAUUAACAACCCCCUUCCCAAGAGACCGAAGAACUUCAGAUCGGGAAUCGCCUCGCCGGUCUCCUCCGGCCCGGGGACUCCGACUCCUGAACACACGCGGCUCAUCAUCACCCGUCAUGGUGCGGUUCUGGGACUUGGCGCGCUCAUUCAGGCAUUCCCAUACAAUAGCCCUCCGCCACGAUGGAUGCCUGAAGCUUUGGCAACCCUGAGUGUUCGCGCUGCGAAUGACCCGGGCAUUGUAGGAUCGAGUGUCAAAUCUAUCAUCAGUGAAUUCAAGAAAACCCGACAGGAUACCUGGCAUAUCGAUGCGAAAGUGAGUUGACAUCUUCCAUGCCUCUGAGAGUACACGAACUAACUGCUUGCGACUAGGCCUUUACGCCGGAUCAACUGGAGGAUCUUUCGGGUGUUCUUUGGAAGAGCUACUUUGCUUAAUGAUACUGAUAGAGGGCGAUUAGAGCACAACUAGCAUGGGCGUUGUGCUGUUUGCUAUGGGCAAAAAUUACCUUUAAUAUCUUGCUUUCAAUGGCACAAACACUGUGCAUGCUUCGUGCCUGUGAGGUCUUGACAUCUUUAUGUCCUGCAGGGCCACGGGAAUGUGCAAAUUGGGUGGUUUGGUUAAAAUAAUGCGAGGAUGUCUGCUACUAGUCAUGAUUUGGGAGGCAAUGUUGAUGUCCAUACAGAGGUUUUCCUUAGUAGUGAUUGUAUUAAUCAGUAUCUUGGUUUUGGUUAGAGUGUUUA